GUGAUGGUGUGCUAAAUUUGUAUCUCCUACUAUUAAGAUACUAUCUCUCUCUUUCUUUGUCUCUUUCCCCUCUCACGUUACGAUAUCCCGUUUCUACUAUUCCUCUCGACUUCUCGAAGAUUUCCGUCUAUCGAGUUGUGUUCAAUAUUAACGCGUGCUCUUGAAAACAUUCUCUAUUUGUACAAACGAUGAUAGUGUUUUAAAAACUAAUCAUUAUAUCCAUGAUUUUGCGUACUAUUAAGAAAAAUUGAAAAUAAUUUAUUUCCUCUCUGUCUAUUAUCUAUUCGGGUGAAUUGCUCUUUCUCUUUGAUGAGUACACAAGUGCGAAAAUAUCAGACAACGCAAAAGAGUUCCAACAUCGAUGUAUCGAUACUAAAGACUGCCGGGGGCGAGGUUUUGAGACAAUAGUUUCUGAGUGAGGUUACAUGGACUCAUUGAAAUGUCGUGGCUGCUCAAACAACGGACUUACGAUUAGCUCAGGGAGGCAACAUCCGUGAGCAACGACAUCACAAUGCGCAUGUUGCUGCCACUGAGGUUGGUUUUAGUCGCAGCAAGUUUGCUGCUGGCAACUACCACAGCAAACAUUCACUUGCAUCUACAUUCUGAUAGUGCCAAACAUUUUGCUAUCAGCGAACGUCAACAAGCAAUUGCUGGAAUUGAAGCUAGCCUUUUGUCACUUCUUGGUUUUGCUAAAAGGCCAAAACCGCAAGGCCAAGCUUAUGUUCCUGAAUCAUUGAAAAAACUUUUUGUAAAACAAAAUACAAUUGGUAUGGCUGAUAUUGCUAAACCAGGAAUUCAUGCCAGAUCUGCUAAUACAGUGCGUUCCUUUUCUCAUGUUGAAAGUGAGGUGGAUCAUAAAUUUCAAUCUCCAAAUCGCUUUCGUCUUUCCUUUGAUUUAAGUAGUAUACCUUCAGGGGAGAAGUUACAGGCUGCAGAAUUAAGUCUUUCUCGUGUACCUAUUUUAAAUGAAGAUGAUUCCAAUUCGAAAUUGGGUAGAAUACUUAUAUAUGAUAUUUUACGUCCUGGUGCAAGAGGACAUAGAGCUCCGCUAUUGCGUUUAAUUGAUAGUAAACCACUAAACACUAGGAAAAAUGGCACAAUUAGUGUAGACGUACAUCCUGCUGUGGAAAGAUGGAUAAAAGAUCCUAAGAACAAUCAUGGACUUUUAGUACAUGUACGUGGAACUAAACAGGAGCAUGUGCGUUUAAGGAGAAACGCAAAUGAAAGAAACGACACAUGGGUUGUUAAUCGUCCAAUGUUAUUUACUUAUACAGAUGAUGGCAGAUAUAAGAUGUCUUCUGCAAGUCAAAUAAUGGACCGUCGUGCCAGAAGAGCAGCACUUCGAAAAAACCGCCGAAAAGAUGGACGUGAAAAUUGUAGGCGACAUCCACUUUAUGUUGAUUUUGCUGAUGUUGGUUGGAAUGAUUGGAUUGUUGCCCCCCCUGGUUACGAUGCCUUUUAUUGCCAUGGUGAUUGCCCGUUUCCAUUAGCAGAUCACUUAAAUUCUACCAAUCACGCAAUUGUCCAAAACUUGGUUUACUCAACAAAACCAAGUAUGGUGCCUAAAGCUUGUUGUGUACCUACCGCUCUUAGCUCUAUAUCCAUGCUUUAUCUUGAUGAAGAAAAUAAAGUAGUAUUGAAAAAUUACCAGGACAUGUCUGUCCUUGGAUGUGGGUGUCGUUAACUAUUUGCUAUUUGGUUCAGUAAACUGUUUUUACAGUGAAGAAUGUAUGUGCAAUAAAAAUGAAAAUAGUUAAAGAGACAUUAAAAAAUGAGGGAACAAAGAACUGAGAUUUUAUUAAAUUGAAUAAAUAGUAAAUAAUGCCAUUUUUGGAGGGUAUGUUGAAUUGUUUAUUAAAUGUUUAGGCAAUUAUAACACAGUUGAACGAUUUUAAGUUCAUUGUAUGUGGAAAUUUCAAACGAUUGAUUAAUUGUCGGAAUUUCAAAUAUUAGGCUGGUUGCCGAAUUUGUCCCAUGUUUAUAAAAUAAAAAGAAUCUGAAAAGUUUGUAUAAUG